AUGGAUCCAUGGAAGAGUUGGACAAGAUGCUUUUUUCUUUGGGCAUUCUGCUGUUACUGCCUCUUCCUCCUCACUGUUGCAAAUCCCAUAAAUAAUCACUCCUGCAGCCUCAGCAAACACCACUUCCAGAGAAUCGCCAUCAAGAACCUGACCUAUAGCUUAGCCAAACAGGCAAGACUUUAUGAUAAGGACACGGAUAACAGGUUUGUGGGACAGCAUCUGUACACCAACAUCAUGAGGAAUGAACACUGCUAUUUAAUGAAAAGAGUAACAGACAUUGUAGUCACACGUGUCCUCUAUAAACUGAAGAACCAAUAUCCCGGUGUCCAGGAAGUGGCAUAUUUCUUGGUGCAUUUGAAUGCAGAACUGCAUGGCUGUAAACCACUGGGAGAUAAAACAUACAUAGAAGGAAAUUUGAAAAUAAUGAAAGACAAAUUGGAUCAGUUGGGAGAGAAUGUAACGAACAAAGUGGUUGGUGAACUUGAUUUGCUGUUUGACUAUUUGGAGAAUGCAUGCACUUCAAAGAAAACAAGCAGUGGCCACCAGGGUAAUAAGAAGAACUGA